CGCGCGGGGGACGGAUGUUCCGGUCGGACCAGUAAAACGGCGCACUCUUCUGCGAGAUCGUAAAUGCGGUUGGAUAAGAUCGUACUUCCGGGGAGUUAAGUUCGUUCGCACUCGCAGACAGUGACCAAACAGCCGUGCUUUUGUCCUCGUUGAGUCGUUUACUAAACUUGUUUAGCCGAGAAAGGAUCGAUCGCCGCCAUGGCCAAGGACCCGAACAAGCCCCGAGGAAGGACCUCCUCGUACGCCUUCUUUGUUGCGACGUGCCGCGAGGAGCACAAAAAAAAACACCCGGGAACCAGCGUCGGCUUCGCGGAGUUUUCCAAGAAAUGCUCCGAGCGAUGGAAGACCAUCUCGGCCAAGGAGAAGGUGAAGUUCGAGGAUAUGGCGAAGAACGACAAGGUCCGGUACGACGGCGAGAUGGAGACGUACAUCCCGCCCCACGGGGCUCCGGGGAAAGGCAAGAAGAAGAAGGACCCCAACGCACCCAAAAGGCCACCGUCCGCUUUCUUUGUGUUCUGCUCCGAUCACCGUCCCAGGAUCAAGGAGGAGAACCCGGGCAUCUCCAUUGGAGGCAUGGCCAAGAAGCUCGGCGAGUUCUGGUCCACGCAGACCACCCAGAGCAAGGUUCCGUACGAGGCCCGCGCCGGCACGCUGAAGGAGAAAUACGAGAAGGAUGUGGCGGCGUACAAAGCCCGGAGCGGCUUGGGGAAGAGCGACGUCGGCAAGAAGAGCGGCUCCGGCAGGCCCGCCGCCAAGAAAGCGGAGCCCAUCGACGACGACGACGACGACGAGGAGGAUGACGACGACGAGGAGGACGACGAUGAAGACGACGACGAUGACUGAGCGGUUUUAAUGUGUUUAAAAAACGAUGGUGAAUUUUUUUGCAACGCAUAGUUCAGAUUUCCCCCCCCCCCCCCCCCCCCCCCCCAAAAAAAAAAAUGUCGGUGUGGAUGAUUCAAACAGUAUAGCCUGAUGUCCCUGGCGGUCUCCCUCUGUAGGGUCCCCAGACCUGUAUUCUUUUUCACUUUUUUUGUUUUUUUUUAGGAAUUUAGUUUUUUUUAUUUUGUAACUUAGCCCCCCUCCCCCCCUCAUUCUUUACAUAUUUUUUCUUUUUCUUUUUAAACUGUUUUUCCCCUGCAGUACUCUUGUUCCAUCUAAGACCCCCUUCAUUGAUGUUUUUUAACGGGCAUCCAGAUAUGAAUUUCCUGUGAAAAAUUACAAUGGACUAAAAACAAAAAAACUUGUGUACUAGUGGUGGACGGCAGCGAAAGUUUAAAAAAAACAAAAAAAAAACACACACACAAAAAAAAGUGUAUUGUUUUCUGGAAGCACUGCGUAUGUUAUUUUUGGUUUUUUUUUUCUGUUUUAGUGGUGCGGAUUCUUCACUGUCAUUUUACUACCGAGGGUCAUCUGUACGAGUUUAAAUGUUUGAAGCCAUUUUUAAAAA